AUGAAUGAGCGUCUCAACAAGACACAGUUCCAAUUUCAAGAUGAACAGCAGCCAAUGAUGGCAGAAAUUACAGGUAAGAAAAGAAGAGGCCGUCUACCCAAAAAGGUCAUUGAGGGAACACAGAUACGUAUGAACCAACUCCCAAUGGCAAGUUUCAACAUAACCUCUUCUGCUUCGAUGAACUCAGCUGCUGCCUUGAGAAACGGAGCUCCAAAUACUCUUUCACCUGUAAUGAAGGUGUCUCCAGAAAGAUCAAGAGGAAGAAGGCCCAGCAUGGCCUCAACAGCUACCGCUUCUUCAAGAUCAAACUCUGCAAGGUCAACCCCACAGUCAGCCGCGAGAACGGAGACAAAGACCUCUCCAAUCACACCAACGGUGAUGGCCAGCAAGACCCAUGCAAAGUUAGCAACCGUCUUGAACUCCCUCACGCCGACCAUACCAAAUAGAGAUUUGUCAGUGGUAUAUGAGGGAAGGGAUGAAGAGAGAACUCCAGGCUUGCUGCUUCCACUCCAACUUCAGCCACCUCAGCUAACUCACCAGAACGGCUAUUUGCACGUUGACCCCUCGAUGCUGCUGCCUUCUCCAAUGGUCAAGAAGCGCAAAACCUCUUUCCACUCUCCAUCAAUACAUCAGCAGCAUCAUCCGGGAUCUGCUCAGAGCACACAAAGUUCAGAGACCACAUAUAUGGAGACUUUGGCCUCCUCGCCGUACUACUCGCCGCUCACACCAACGUCGCACUUCUCCAACGUGAUACGAUCCUCUCCCAUGUAUAACGCAUACUACAACCUACCGACAACCCCUGUGAUGAGAAGGAACUUUGACGAGAUGAACGUGGGCGGGGUGCAUGGCCAUGGUGAUGUUGUGCAGCUAUCGGUUAAACCUAUAAAAUUCGAGGAUAUUAUCAAGACUCCAAGAGGUGGAGUCAAGAUAAGGGAAUCGUUCCACUCAAAUGAUCCAAACAUGUUGAUCACCCCGUUGAGGGCAGAUACUCAAACACAGAAACAGACGACUCAACCACAAAUUCUGCCCCAACAGCAGUAUCACCAUCACCUUCAAGUUCACCAGACCAAAGCCUUGCAGGCGGAUAGCCAACAAAGGCGGAGAUCCUCGAAACCCAUGCUUCCGGUGAGACUGUCUCUGGAAGUUGACUCCUCGGGGAAAGCUAUCAUCAAGAGAAAGUCGAAGUCUUUUUCGUGGACAUUGCAUCCUCAGAGAAAGCACCAUCACCAUGUUAGAAACGCGUCCACCAGGUCCGACGGGUUUUUGCAAUCCCCCAAGGUUCUCAAGCUGGGAUCGGACCCAGUGUUAACCACAGUGGCAUCCAUGGAGAUUGACGAUUAUAACUCUUCGAAAUCUCUGAAGGAAUAUGUUCAGAGCACUGUGGCUGAAGGAAACAUGGAGUCAAUGACAGGCUUCGGUGAAGCAGUCAGUGAUGAGGAGGAUGACAUUUGUGAUGCCAGAAGUGCUUUGAUAGAUGCAUUAGCUUAG